AUGGAAUUCAUUAAAACCUAUCAAAUUUGUCCAAAUCAACGAAUAAGACCAAUGCUUUCCAUCGUCCAUUCGGCACAAGGAGCAAUUUGGAACAGAAACAUUGAAGAAUUCACUGGAACUUGCAAAUCUCCAUCUCCGAGUGAGAGCAUUAAAAGUCCAUGCUUUUCACCGAGAGACAAUGGUUGCAAACCCUCCACGAAGAAGACUUCUUUUAUGAUAAGUGAUAUUUUAUCGACGAGGGAAAGAGAUGACGACAAUGACGUCGACAAUUUAUCUGAGACUGCCUCAAACGGAGAAACGGAUGAGGAUCUACACUCCCCAGUAUCAGAAACCUGCUGUUCACCAGACUCUUCUCGAAGAUAUCCGGGCCUGGACACGGUGUCUAAAAUAAAGAAACCACGGAAAGCUAGAACUGCCUUCACCGAUCACCAGCUCAACAGCUUAGAGAAGCAAUUUGCUAGACAGAAGUAUCUCAGUGUUCAGGACAGAAUGGAACUUGCUACAAAAUUAGGACUCUCUGACACGCAAGUCAAGACAUGGUACCAAAAUAGAAGAACAAAAUGGAAGAGACAGACCUCAGUAAGUUUAGAACUAUUGGCUGAAGCAAACCUGGCAAACGCCCACAGAAUGAUGGGACCAUAUUUUGGUGUAUAUUCAGAGCAUGCAUCCUCUUAUGCAGACUUGUUUCAUAAACAAUCACCCGCUCUUAUUGUACCAAGACCACUUCUUCCACAAAUGUAUAGCUAUUAG